CCUCCACUUACCUUUCGGAUUUCCUUCUCGCCUGACUCUCUCUCUCAGGAUUCAGCACACAAACAGUUAAUGUGAAUAUGUCAACGUUAAGUGGAGUCGCCUCCCUGUUACUUUAACUGUCACUGGAUCGCAUUGCAACUCCCGAUCAGCCGCAUCCAGCGGACGCAGCCGCACAGACAACAAUUCCUCCGGCUCAUGUAGAACGAUUAGCAGCUUUAGCCUCGAUGCCGGGUCCGUUUGGGCCAUAAAGUAGUUUUUUUUUUUAGGGACCAGUGGAUCAUAUAAAGGGAGCAGGGGAAAGGAGCCGCCAUGGAAGGGAUCAGCGCCGACAGAGACCCCAGCUCGCCCCCCAGCUCCAAGCAGCAGCAGCAGAGCCCUCAGGAGAAUCAACAUUUCGCCGGCUCCCUGAUGAAGCCCAACCAGGUGGGGAAGACGUGCCUGUAUGGUGUACCCAUAGUGUCGCUGGUGAUAGACGGGCAGGAGCGCCUGUGUCUGGCCCAGAUCUCUAACACUCUGCUCAAGAGCUACAGCUACAACGAGAUCCACAACCGGCGGGUGGCCCUGGGCAUCACGUGUGUGCAGUGCACUCCUGUCCAGCUGGAGAUUCUGCGCAGGGCCGGCGCAAUGCCCAUCUCGUCUCGUCGCUGCGGGAUGAUCACCAAACGGGAGGCCGAGCGGCUCUGCAAGUCUUUCCUGGGGGAGCACCGGCCGCCCAAACUGCCCGAAAACUUCGCUUUCGAUGUGGUGCACGAGUGCGCCUGGGGCAGCCGGGGAAGCUUCAUCCCCGCCCGAUACAACAGCUCCCGAGCCAAGUGCAUCAAGUGCGCCUACUGCAGCCUAUACUUCUCCCCCAACAAGUUCAUCUUCCACUCGCACCGCACCCCCGACUCCAAGUACACUCAGCCCGACGCCGCCAACUUCAACAGCUGGAGGCGGCACCUUCAGCUCAAAGACGCCAGCCCGGAGGAUGACUUGUCGCACUCGUGGGAGGACGUGAAAGCCAUGUUCAACGGGGGCACCCGCAAGAGAGCCUUCUCUUCCCACGUCUCCUCCUCAUCCUCCUCCAGCUCUUCCUCCGCCAGGCGACACCUGGAUCUGGCCCCGCCGCCCCCUCCUCCUCCGGCCAAAGUGCUGCGCGGAGCGUCCGCGGAGGAGGAGCCAGGGGCAGCUGCAGUCAGAAGUUUCCCGUUGAUCCCGGUGCCCAGUAAGGGCUUCUCUGGGGUGUUACACAAAAUGGCUCCGCCGCUUUUUCCUCCUCCCCCCUAUGGGUUCCCGGCAUUCGGCCUGUGCGCCAAGAAAGAUGAUGGGGGGCUCGCGGAUGCGACUAAAGCAGCGGGGCUGCCGGGAGUUUUCUGGCCGACGGCUCCUGCCUCCAAGGACUCAGUGUACCCACAUUUCCCAGUGUUCUGGCCGGCGGCUGCCGGAGCCCUGGCGGUGCCCUCAUACACGGACCUGACUCAACAGCAGCAGCAGGGCCCGGGCAAGUCGGCCGGAGUUGUUGUGGCAGAACCGGAGGAGGCCGAGCCCAGCGGGGAAAGUGCUGAGGAACCGACCCGGGAGGAGGAGAGGUCGGGGGAUGAGGGACGGCAGCCCGGGGAAGCGCUCACCCCGAGGAAACUGCGCUACAUCUCCGCAUUCAGGCCGGUGGUAAAGGCCGCGGAGAGUCUGGCCAAGUUGUACGGAAGCCGGGAGUUGUAUGGGACAGCGAGACCCGCCGGGUACAGCUCCCCGGACCUACUCAGUGACACCUCCAGCUACCGCUCAGCCUCUCCCAGCCCCGACACCGCCGACGAGCCCGACGUAGAUGUGGAGUCCGGACGCUUCCCCGAAGAGGAGAACGGGCAGCCGGGAAGUUUGGGCCCUGGGGCCCCCUCCAGCAUCUCUUCCCCAGGAUCUGAACGGAAAGAGCAAAGUCCCGGGGCAAGUCCAGUCAGUGUGGCCGGGUACGAGGUCUAUGCAAAGCAGAUGCCGGACCUUCCUCACCUCACAAAGGGCAACAACUCGCACCAAGGCGUCUCCUCUUAUCUGUGCAACAUGGAUCCAAAUGAGCAAGACUCGGAGGACAGUCACUCAACUGCUGAGGAAUUGGACAGCAGGAAAGCAUUCCAAGACCAAAGGAGUCAUUUAUCCCACACAAGCCCCUUACACACUGACAGAGGAGAAGAAGACAGUCCGAUCGAUGUCACUGGGACCCAGUUUGUAGAGAAAGACAUUGAGAACAUGGCAAAAGAUGAGCUGCAGAAGCUGUUAGUGGAGCAGAUGGAUUUGAGGAAAAAGCAGGAACGGGAAUUUCAGAGUCUGAAAGAUAACUUCCAGGACCAGAUGAAGAGGGAACUGGCCUACCGAGAAGAGAUGGUGCAACAACUACAGAUAGUGAGAGACACUCUGUGUAAUGAACUGGAUCAGGAGAGGAAAGCACGCUAUGCCAUCCAGCAGAAAUUAAAAGAUGCUGAUACCAAGACCCUGCACAGGGAGCUGUUCCUUCAGAGCUCAACUCCUACCCCCUUGAGCUACAUCUGGGCACCACGGAAGCUCAUGUACCCUCCAGCGCCAUGAAUGGGAGAUAAGCAGGAGCACAGCACAAACCAAGCCAUUUCCUGGAUCCGUGGGAACAAGAGUGCACGCAGGACUGGCCGGGGAGAGACCCCCUCCCCCAGGACUUUCAAAAAACUUGUAGAUUUUGUACAGGGUGCAUCAGGAACCCUGAGCACUAAGGAAUCUGAGCCAAGAGUGAUCCAGAGAUGAUCAGCCCUGUAUUAUAAGGCAUUGUGAAUAACUGACACAUAAUAUAUAUAUAUAAUAUAAAUAUAUACAUAUAUAUAUAUUUAAAGACAAUUCUUGCAAAAAGUUCAAUGUAUUGUUUUACUAUUUAAUUCCUCUGUAUGUCUCCACAUAAGCCCAUCAGUAGCAGAGACUGUUUCCCUCUGUUACUGGCGGCAUAGUAACUGGGGGCUAAUGGUGGCAAGAGUGGCUACGUGCAAUGGGUAUCAAUGUACUGUGAUUCUUAUUAAAACAGUAUUUUUUUAAGUUA